UAGUAAUCUAGAAAGAGAACCCUCCUUUCCUUACAAUGAGGAAGGAGGUCCAGGGGAAGCUGUCUGGAAAAGAGGGAGACAUGGGUGUACUCUGGAUUUCCCUGCAGUGCUUUGGGGUCUAGAGACUGUGGGGCAUGAGGAAGUACAGUAUAUCCCGGAGAGUCACAGACAGACUGCGGUGCUGAGUCAUUUCUAGGGGCACAGACAGCAGGUCAGUCUGUAGGGAGAUGGGAGAGAGGGCACAAAGCAGCAGAGAGAGAAUACAGGUGUUAGGGACAUCAUUUGGGAAAAGCUAGAGAAGGAAAAGUCAAGAUGCAGACAAGAAUGAGGAUCAGUCUUUGUUUUUUUUCUUUUCUUUUCUUUGUUUUGGCAUUUAGUCAGAGAAACAUUUCUGCCUCUAAUAUAUUUUCAAAGCCAGGGUCAAUUUAGAGUUGCCCAGUAAUCUACCUCUUGCUUGGAGUGUGGCUCUCACAGUGUGGAGGUAUUGAGAAGCCUGCGUCUUUCCAAAAGGCUUCAUUUGCCCAUUGUCUCGCCUCGCCCACCAAGCUUCCCUGCAUGGGCAGAGCACAUAGGGGCUGCAGUGUGUGAUUGUGAAUGGCAUAGGGCAGUCUUUCUUUCCUGAUUGCACGUGUUGUUUCUUCCUUCCUGCACUAUUAUUGUCUCAAGGGUUCAAGGUAUGGGUAGAGAAUUCUGUGGAUGGGGUGUGAGCAGCAAACAUCUUAUCCACAAAAAACCAGAACGGGAAAGCAACUGAUAGGGAAAGGGAAAGAACACAAUUCCUCUUCAUGAUUCGCCUAAGAAAUGUCCUUGGCCCUCUUCAGAGAGGAAAUGAGAGGAGAACAGGGCUCUAGAGAACAACGCGGGAGCCGGCUGGCUGGUGAUUAGGAAGCUAAGAAGAGAGAGCGCUGAAGAGGAUGAAAGGCGAACACCGAUGGCCCGUGGCGCCCAGCUCAUUGUGUGUGCCUCCCCAGAGCACAGCCAGGACGGCUUGGUCACGGCUGGGUCACAAGGGGCUCUUCUCUUUCCAACUCAGGGGCAUUCCCAGUCCAAAGGACUUUGUGACACUGGCUUUAGCCCAAUUAUCCUAACACAAGUAAUGCCUGUAACUGGAGGCACUCCCCACUCUUGGCUCGUCAUCCCCGGCCAGCCUCCAGCCAUCCCAGUUGGCUCCGCUCAGGCCUCUAGAAAGGGUCAGGGCGCUGCUGCAGCUAUUCCUGUAGGUGGACCUCAGUAUGGAAACAAUGUGGAACUGUGGAAAGCCGAGAAGACUGUGGGAGAUAAAGAAGGAUGGGAACAGAACACUUUUUGGUAUAAACAUAGUGUUUUCCGAAAGUGCUCAGGGGUGGGGGCUGAGCUCGGGAAUGUUAACCUUUUUCCAGGCAAGUCUACUCAAGAGAGAAACUAGUGAUCAUUUCCAGUAGGGCUCAGCCCCUCAGUCAGCGGCUUAAUGGAAAGGACUUCCCUCAGUCCCCCCAGUAUAGUCCAGGCUGGCACAGGGGUGUCUCCAUCCCUGGCUAUCUUCAUGGAGCUGCUACAUUUCAUUGGCCUCUCUUCCUCCGUCAUAGAGGCUCAAAGGGAUGCCCAGAGCCCAUCAGUUUGUCCUCAGGGUACAGAGGUCUGCCAGUCAUGGCUCUCCCUCUCCCUCUCAAAGGCAGGGCAAAACACUCCCUUAGUUUAGUAGUGGCCUCCGGUGAAUCUUCUGGUCUCUGCACUCAUGGAAGACGACCAAAUGCACAGGGAUUCUGCUACCCCAGCUUCCCAAUGCAGACAUUCCAUGACCCUGUCCCCAGGUGCCGAACACACUCCUCACUGCUUCUGAAGAACACACUCCUCACUGCUUCCGAAGACGCUCACUUAGUUGGGAGCAAGGCUCAUUUCCCAAGCUCGUCUUCCAUCAGUCCUUGGAGAAACUGCCUUCCAAAAGUGUAUUGCUCAAGUUGUCUUAUCUUUGUGCCCACUUCAGAGCAGGGCCGGGCCUGGAGGCCGUAAGUGCUUUGUGUCUUCCUCAGAGAGGGGAAGUUAGUCAACAGGGCUGCCCUCUCCACACCACUCCUCAGCCCCAUGGAAUGCCCAGUCCCACUCCUGCUACCCUUGCCAGCCUGGGAGCGAGCCGGAAUUCCCCACAACAAAGCUCUGAUUCACUGGGUAGACUCUGACAUGGCCGCCCCCUCCAGAUUCCUGGGGGGUCAGUAAACAAACAGGGUAGCAGCCCCCCACCCCCCACCCCGCCUCCUGGCCUGGCUUAGCUCUGCCCAGUCUCCCUGAGUGGGGUUUGCUCAGAGCUCCUCAGGAUUCUGCCUGUCUGCACUCACCAGACACGGGGUCCGGAUUCCUGCUGAGGGAAAAUCAUGGAACUCCCAGGUCCUGCCAAGGACUCCUCAGGCAGCACAGGUUAGAGCUGCGGUCACCAUCCCCUGCACCUCCUUGGGAUGGUGCCGGGAAUCCCUGCCUAAGUCCAAAGCUCUUGAACGGGUCUGUUGGAGCCAUUGGCCCCCUGGAACCAUCAGCCAUGAAUCUGUGUUGGAAUGAAAUAAAAAAGAAGUCUCAUAACCUCCGCGCUCGCCUCGAGGCCUUCUCAGACCACAGUGGAAAACUUCAGCUCCCGCUCCAGGAGAUUAUUGACUGGCUCAGCCAAAAGGAUGAGGAGUUGUCAGCUCAACUGCCCCUGCAAGGGGAUGUGGCCCUGGUACAGCGGGAGAAGGAGACACACGCGGCCUUUAUGGAGGAAGUCAAGUCUAAAGGUCCCUAUAUCUACUCCGUGCUGGAAUCCGCUCAGGCUUUCUUGACCCAGCACCCAUUUGAGGAAUUAGAGGAGCCUCAUUCUGAGGGCAAAGAUACCUCCCCCAGACAACGAAUUCAGAAUCUUAGCCGCUUUGUGUGGAAGCAGGCAACAGUGGCCAGCGAGCUGUGGGAGAAGCUGACAGCCCGCUGUGUGGAUCAGCAUCGCCACAUUGAGCAUACUCUGGAACAUCUCUUGGAGAUCCAAGGGACGAUGGAGGAACUGAGCAGUACUUUGACCCAAGCGGAGGGAGUCCGAGCCACUUGGGAGCCCAUUGGGGAUCUCUUCAUUGAUUCCCUCCCAGAUCAUAUCCAAGCCAUCAAGCUCUUCAAAGAAGAAUUCUCUCCUGUGAAAGAUGGAGUGAAGUUAGUGAAUGAUCUGGCCCACCAACUUGCCAUUUCUGAUGUGCACUUGUCAAUGGAGAAUUCAAGGGCUCUGGAACAGAUCAACAUCCGGUGGAAACAGCUCCAGGCGUCAGUUGGUGAGAGGCUCAAGCAGCUCCAGGAUGCCCACCGGGACUUUGGGCCUGGGUCACAGCACUUCCUCUCCACUUCUGUCCAGGUUCCCUGGGAACGAGCAAUUUCUCCCAAUAAAGUUCCCUACUACAUCAACCACCAGGCUCAGACCACAUGCUGGGACCACCCCAAGAUGACUGAGUUAUACCAAACCCUAGCUGACCUGAACAACAUUAAGUUCUCAGCUUAUCGGACUGCCAUGAAGCUCCGCAGAGUCCAGAAGGCCCUGCGCCUGGAUCUGGUAACUUUGACUACGGCUCUGGAGAUCUUCAAUGAGCACGACCUGCAGGCUAGUGAACAUGUGAUGGAUGUGGUGGAGGUCAUUCACUGCCUGACUGCCUUGUAUGAACGACUGGAAGAGGAAAGAGGCAUCCUGGUCAAUGUGCCACUGUGUGUAGACAUGAGCCUCAACUGGCUCCUCAAUGUUUUUGAUAGUGGUCGCAGCGGAAAGAUGCGAGCGUUGUCCUUUAAAACUGGCAUCGCAUGCCUGUGUGGUACCGAAGUGAAAGAAAAACUUCAGUACCUCUUCAGCCAAGUGGCCAAUUCCAGCAGCCAGUGUGACCAACGGCAUCUCGGUGCCCUGCUUCAUGAAGCCAUUCAAGUGCCCCGUCAGCUGGGUGAAGUGGCAGCAUUUGGGGGCAGCAAUGUGGAGCCCAGUGUCCGUAGUUGCUUUCGUUUUAGCACUGGCAAGCCAGUCAUUGAAGCAUCCCAGUUCCUAGAGUGGGUCAACUUGGAGCCCCAGUCUAUGGUGUGGCUGGCCGUUCUGCAUCGCGUCACCAUUGCUGAGCAAGUAAAGCACCAGACCAAGUGCUCUAUCUGCAGGCAGUGCCCCAUCAAGGGGUUCAGGUACCGGAGUCUGAAACAGUUUAACGUGGAUAUCUGCCAGACCUGCUUCUUGACAGGCAGGGCCAGCAAAGGCAACAAGCUCCACUAUCCCAUCAUGGAGUAUUACACACCGACCACAUCCAGUGAAAACAUGAGGGACUUUGCCACAACCUUAAAGAAUAAAUUCCGCUCAAAGCAGUAUUUCAGCAAACACCCUCAGCGAGGUUACCUGCCUGUGCAGUCAGUGCUGGAGACUGACUGCAGUGAGACACCCGCCUCUUCCCCGAUGUUGCCACACGCUGACACACACUCUCGAAUUGAGCAUUUUGCCAGCAGGCUUGCUGAGAUGGAAAGUCAAAAUUGUUCCUUUUUUAAUGACAGCUUGUCCCCGGAUGACAGCAUAGAUGAGGACCAGUACCUGUUGCGGCACUCCAGCCCCAUCACAGACAGGGAGCCAGCCUUUGGACAGCAGGCUCCGUGCAGCAUGGGGACAGAAAGCAAGGGCGAGCUAGAGAAGAUCUUGGCCCAUCUAGAAGAUGAGAACCGGAUUCUCCAGGGAGAGCUGAGGCGCCUGAAAUGGCAGCACGAAGAAGCGGCAGAGGCCCCCACCCUGACCGAGGGCUUCAAUGCGGUGACGCCAGACCACCGCAAUGAAGAGCUUCUGGCUGAAGCCAGGAUCCUGCGGCAGCACAAGAGCCGCCUGGAGACGCGCAUGCAGAUCCUUGAAGACCACAACAAGCAGUUAGAGUCUCAACUGCAGCGCCUGAGGGAGCUGCUCCUGCAGCCACCUACUGAGUCAGACGGCAAUGGUUCUGCCAGCUCAUCCCUAGCUUCCUCUCCACACCAGUCAGAAGGGAGUCAUCCCCGGGAGAAGGGCCAGACUACUCCAGACACUGAGGCAGCAGAUGACGUGGGGUCAAAGAGUCAGGAUGUCAGCCUGUGCUUAGAAGACAUCAUGGAGAAGCUCCGUCAUGCCUUCCCCAGUGUGCGGAGCUCCGAUGGGACGGCGAACACCCUGCUGGCCUCUUGAUGGAGUCAGAGCCUCAUCCUGUAGUCCUUUUCCUCUCCCGAUUCUUGUCAAAGCCUUCCCUCAGCCUUCGCCCAACCUUUCCACUACCCACUGGCCCCACAUUCCUCAACCAGAGAUAUUUGGACCUGGGGCAGCAGCAGGGGAUCUGAUGGUAUGUGAGAUGUGGGGGGGGGGGGGAGGACAGGUGGGCUUCCUCUAGAGAGGUUCCCAUUAAUCCUUAAGACUGAGCCGGUCCCCAUGUUAUCCUGCUGUUGCAGCCCAGGCAAAGGCAAAUCACAGUUGUCGUCCAGAUGAGGAGCAGAGAAUUACCCUGCAGAGCUAAGCAGUGCCCACUGGCCCCUUUCUGUCCUCCAUGGAAUCAUGGAGAGGAAAGCAUAAUGGCCCCAGGGUGUCUGCAUUAUGGACCCCCGGAGGGGUUAGGCCUACUCUUUGGCCCACUUGAAAGAGGCAAAUGGGUAUCCCUGAGACACCCAUCCAAAGUGCCCCGUAGGGAAGUCUGGGCAGUGUAUGUCCUACUACUUCAGCUACAGAGCAUGGUUUUCACCUUCAGAAUUCUACCUACAUGGUUCUUACUCAACCAUGUAACUUCCUCCCGCCACAGUACCUAUCAGAUCUUCUCUGAUGGGGGAACAAUUCACCGUGGCUGUGCUUCCACCCUGUAUUUGGGACAUUCUUGUGGGUUUCUAGUCCCUACUCCCGAUCCUCCUGUUUCCUGCAGACCUUGGCAUCCCAAGAGACUCCUUGAGAUGCUCUCGUACCCAUAUGAAGCCACUCUUUGGUCUUCUGAGUCUGUCCUCACAGAUCUGGGGCAGGAGUGGCACCCUCUUCAACAAGGAUGCCUUGCUCGCUCACUCUCUCCUUGGGUAAGAGGAAAAGAAACCCUCUAUCCUAGGGGAAUGUGAGCCUGCCAUUCUCCAAGCUAUAACCAUUUGAGAGCAUAGGCUGGAUUAGGUGAGGUGGCUGACUGCCCCCAGCUGUUCACUGAAAAGUUCCAACCGACCAGCCUGAAUAGUGGUGCCUGCCUAAAAGCCACUAGACUUGAAUCAGCAAACUGGCCACAUUCCAUCCAGAUAGCAGCAAGGUCUUCCUGUGCAUAAAACUGUUGCUAACUCUGAAAUGUGAGCCCAGUCCUCAAAAUGAACUAACUUUUCCUAGACUGUAUAUACCGCGAUUCCUUUGUCCAGCAACUGUUCCAAAUAGAGUGUGGAGGUGGGAAGAGUUGGCUGGGGAACUUGGAAUGGAGCCAGAGCCCACUUGGGCUACUUUCUCCAGAAGAGAGCUUUCUCCCCAGAGCCAUGCAAUUGACUAAAUUUUGAGUUUACCCAUCCAUCCAUCUCUAUCCUACAUAUCUACUGGACACCAGUGCUCUCCCAGCCUCAUUCACACAUUAAAUUCUAAUACUUCUGGAAGAA